GAAAGUUACCUUUAAUAGGACAUAUUCAUCAUUUCUUAGGUGAUACUACCCAGAUAUUUGAAACCCUGAGGAAGAUUACUGAAGAGUGCGACGAGAAAGGAGGCGUCAUCACAUUGUCAAUAGGACCGAUGACAUUAUAUGGCAUCACAGAUAUUGAUGAUUGUGCCACCAUUGCUAAUACGAGUUACAAAAAGGCUUUUUAUUAUGAUUUUUCUAAGCCUUUGGUUGGAGAAGGAAUAUUUUCUGCUGAUGUUCCAAAAUGGAAAUUACACCGAAAACUGUUGAACCCAGCGUUAAGUGUGCAGAUAUUGAAUGGCUAUAUGGGUAUAUUUAAUAACCAGUCAAAGAAACUUGUCGAAGACUUAGCUGUGGAAGUUGGGAAAGGACCGUUCGAUCAGUUCCGUUAUUUGCUAUUAAAUAAUUUAGAGACUGUGUUCCAGACUCUAACAUGCGACGGGGACGGAUACACUCCGCUGAACGUUGAAUACGUUGAGAGCGUUCAAAAUAUUCUGAACAUUUUGACAACGAAGUUCUUGAGAGUCUGGUUUCAUAUCCCGUUUGUGUAUUACUUCUCUGAGCACAGGAAAGCGGAGUUGAGAUGUUUGAAAAUCAUACACGAUAUGUCAAACAGGAUGAUUGUUAAGAGAAAGGAGAAGUUGAAAAAUAUGGUACAAAACAAUUGUUAUCAAAAUGAUUCAGGAAAAAGCAAGCCACUGAUUGAUUUGAUGCUGCAACUAGCAGACGACGAUGGCCUCACCGACCAGGAGAUCAGAGAACAUAGAUACGUUCCUCAUCGCAGAAUCGAUGUUCUUAUAAUGUAUCCGUAUGUUUACCUCACAAUUGCUUUUCAAUUCAUAUGUUUCAGGGUACUAGAAAUAUUUAAUGAUCCCGAUAAGGAUGUAGACAAAAAUGAUUUACCUAAAUUAGUAUAUGUUGAAGCAGUAAUUAAGGAAACUAUGCGGCUUUACCCUAUGGUUUGAGUUGCCAGAUGUACGGAUACCGAAGUUAAAUUAAAAAACUAUAUAGUCCCAGCGGGUACCAACUGUCUGCUUGGAUUCUGGAGUAUGCAUCGUCAAUCUAUAUGGGGUUCAGAUGCGCAUCAAUUCAGACCAGAGCGAUGGCUGAACCCGGAUACCUUGCCUAAGAAUCCAAACGCAUACGCCCCGUUUAGCAUCGGGAAACGUAAUUGUAUUGGUAAAUCUUACGCGAUGAUGUCCAUGAAGGUGUUGGUAGCUCACGUCUUACACCGGUAUAGAAUCACUGCUGACGUCUUCAAAAUGAAGAUGAAACUUGACGCCGUACUGAAACCAGCAUCGGGAUAUGACAUUUCUUUGGAAAAUAGGAUAUAAAUAUAAUAUGAAUCAAUAAUUUAGAGCCAAUGUUAUUCACUUUCAAAUAUUUGAAAUGUUUAAAACAGGAAUUAUGUACCUUUGUAAUAGUAGAUUUAAGUUCUUUUAGUAAUAAAUAUUAUACUUACUGUCCGAUACAAUUGAUAAAAGUACUUAUAUCUACACAUUUUAGUUAUAUUUAAUUUCGAGAAAGGGCAUUAAAGAUAUCAAAAUAUUGAGCUAAAACCUGGAUUCUUAGAAGCGGUAAACGCCUGACAUUAUGGUAAAAGUAUACUGAUGACUGAUAUGUACCAGCCCUUUUUGAAAUUGUAUAUUCAAUUAGAUGAUUUAUUUAAAGUUUAAAAUAUAUAAUAAAUAAACAUAAUCACCCCAGAAUCAUAUCCGACGUCGCCUUCCACACGUAAAUAAUAAAUCCUCAUUUGAUUAUGUUCGACAGUAACACUUCGAUGAAAUAUUUAGGUCGAUUUCCUCCAAUCGCAAACAGAAUAUUAACAAAGCGACAGUUCGCAUCCAUAAUAUGGAAACAGAUCGUUUUCAUAUCUUCAAACGGUAGUAAGAUUAGCGAGGCUGAUAAUUAUGGAAACAUUAUAGUCGAUGGCGAGCGAAAGUUAAUUUAUACAUAUUUUUAAGAGUUCAUUCAAUAAAUAAACAUCAAUAAACUUUAUGAGCACCAGUUAUUGCAUAUUAUAGUGCAAUCUCUUCAACUGGGUUUCUACAUCUGUAUGUAAGGAGUUCAUCCCUUAUAAUAUAUCUUAAAGAAUAAUAACCGGUCUCGGAACCCAUUGUCUACAACAUUUGCGUAUCUUAAGCAUCUUGAUUCGGUUAAUGUUGGUUAAUAUGUUGCAUUAGAUACAUGUUUGAAAACAAGGCAAAUAAAACAGCGUUCAUGAAUCAGACUUUGGCAAAACCAUUGGUUCUUAAAAUAUAAUUGUUUCUAGUA